AUGCAACAAUACAGAGUUUUACUCUUCAUAAUUGUAUUUACCACUGAUUCAUCAGAAAUAUUUGGACAACAAUAUGAAUGGUCAGGCAACUAUCAAUGGUCCGAUGAUGAAUGUAAUCAAACACAAUGUUGUUGUCUCCAUGGACUAUUAUCUGUCAUUAGUAAUGAUACAUCAAUAGGAUUUAUUUCAAAUUUGCGUGGUAGAGAUUAUGAAAAAGAAACUUUAAAUCUAUGGACAUCGUAUCCGAGUGAUCUUACUGAAGUUUUCGGAAGAUUGUACGGAUUGACACUGAUAUAUUUAACCAUCAAUGACAAUAGUAACAUAAUUACAUUAGCCAGAUUGGAUACAUCUAAUUGUAAUUUAAAAGCUAAAAGAAUACAUGAUAAUUCUAGUGGUACUACUCUAGCUAUAACAAAAUUCCAAUCCACUAUACCAACGGCUUCUCUAAUACUGGCGAACAUCACCACAAUCUCUGAUAAGGUUAAGAGUAGCAGUAUAAACAUUGCCAUUAUUGUUGUUUGUUCAAUAAUUGGUGUAUUGCUUAUGGGAGUAGUUCCUGUUCUUUUUAUACGUAGACGUCGUCGACAAUUAUUAUCAUGUCCCUCGUUUCUACUACCGUUGUUUGAAAAUAUUGAAUUGUCGCCAAUGCUUUCUGAUCAUCGGUCAGAAAAUAAGGAACAGUUCACUGUCAUCUGGUUAGGUCUUGAUUGCAUCAAAAAUUCUGAUCGAAUACAACUACAUUCGAUUAUUGAUUAUUUUCGAUCGUUUGAUGAUCCAAAAUCGUGCAAAAAUUAUAUUAAAAUGAUUGAGUAUGAAAGCGUUUUUCUCAUUGUAUCAGUAGAAUUAACUGAAAAUAUAAUCUCCGAUAUAUACGAUCUACAUCAAGUACGAGCAAUUUACAUUUACAAUCCAUAUGAUAAUUAUUUACCAUUUCAGUGGUCCUCGACACAAACCAAAAUUAAAGGUGUAUUCAAAAUAUGGAAGAACAUUUUUCGACAGUUAUCCGAUGAUGUUAGAAAUUCAAACUAUUUUCCUAUGACAAUUUUUGAACGCGUGCCAGAAGAAAAAACAACGAAUUAA